GUUUAAUUUGGUCUAGGAUAAAAAUGGAGCAAACAAAGGAUUUCUGGCACCUCACUACUUCUAAAACAUAUCUCACAGAACUCAAAACCCCAAAGAUCCAACCUCAGCUAUACAAACCAGAAUUUCCCACCAAAGAACGCAAAAGACACCGCAAAAGACGUUCUAAAGACUACGAACAACUUUUCAGUGAAAUCCACACAACUACCCCUAAAACCCCUCUUCCAACACCCAAUCCCCUUCCUUUACCCCUUCAAAACCCACCUUCCACCCCAAAUUUCCCUAUCCAUCUCUUCUGCACUCACUCAAACACCCCAUCCAAGCCAGUACAAGUUCUAAUUUCUUGCAUUUCUCUUCUCAGAGGAGCCCAAUGAGUUAGAAGAGGGAAAGUAAUUAAUGCAUUAAUCUUCAUUUCAGUUGAAACUUUCAUUUAA